GCAUGGAUCUCUUACUACGUUGAGCGACACUUUCUCCACUGACUCGAAGCUUGCAGCCGAGAAGAUCAAGCAGAGGUUUCCAGCCUACAGGUCUCCGCUGGAAGAUGGGAUGACCUGGGUUGUGAUCAGGCGCCAGGUGGAACAGGCGUGCCCUCAGCUGCCAGACUUUAUUCAGGCUUCCGAGAACGCAGGGCACGGAGUUGAACAGGCUGCCUCGAAGCUGCAGGUGAUGAAGCGCAUUCACAGUCGCGCAACCGCCAACCAGAAAUCGUCGGGCGAGCCAUGCUGGGAGAGGAUUGCGCGAUCGAUCGAGCAGCAGUCGCACCACAUGGCUGGUCAAGCCAUGGACGUGUGUCAUUUCGUGAAGGCCUACAGUGGCGGCGACCCGCCAGUGCAUUUGAACGACCUCGACAAUUGGAGCAAAACGUUGAAGUGGAGGCGGGAUAUUCACGGCAGCACUUUCAAGUUCUUAGCCGCCACGCCGUUCAGUCAAGGACCUGCUUUCACCAGCACGGACGUCGCAGCAAUCGUCGGCUCGAAGAAGGGCCUUGCCAUCAAGAUUGUCACCUACAUCCGCACGGGCCGUGAGUGGCUGGACAAGAGCUCGAUCCCGCCCUCCAAGAAGCUCAAGAUCAGGGGCGACUUCGAGGUGGCAGCGGUCAUGUUCGCGCACAACAAGAAGGCGAAGGGCCGCCCGAUCUACAACAACAUUGAGGACGUUGCGGCGAGCUUUAUUCAGGCGGCGUUCGACGCGGACCCUGAGCUCAGGAAUAGCACCCGGCCGUGGCCGCACAAGGAGACGCCCGCGGUUGCGCGGGCGACGGGCAGCUCCAUGGUGCAGUUCGGCGGUGAAGGCGUUGGACCUGAGACCCUCGAGCAAUGCGGCAUCCAAAUCGGCUCCGAGCUCGAACUGAAGAUGAAGGACAGCGACGAGAGCAAGGGCAACAAGGACACGUUCAAGCUCGUUGCCAUCAAAGGCAGCACGGCCACGCUCGAGAAGGUAGCCACUGACAAGCAGCGCAGGCAGGCCAAGCAGCAUGGCGAGGGCAAGGUGACCAUCAGCAUCGGCCAGCUCGUGGACGAGUACAAGGCGUUGUUUUAG